GGUGAAGAUUAUAUUCAAGUGCCAGUUAGCCAUGAGAAGUGUGAAAUAUCAGUUAUUGCCACCACUACCACAUAAUUCGCAAAAGGAAACUGAAUGCACACGAAUAGCAAGAUAUGAAAAGGCAACUCCAGACGAACUGUAUGAAGUCAUGAACUCUGAAGAUUUAAAAAAACCCGGUGAAGAAGAAGAACCUUUGGAUGACAGGAAGAAAGCAAAACAUACACAUCAAGAUGAAGAUUUUUUUUUUGAAAAGCUAAAACGUAUCAAAUCAAAUAUCACAGUGGAACCAAUCCUUGCUGGUCUUGUAAUUCCAUCAAUGCUAGCAAGACUUGCAAUACAGAAUCUCAAUUUAGAUAAAGCGUGUAGGGUUAAAUGUGGAUUUGAUGAUGAAAUAUGUGAUGCAUUGUUGCUAAAAAGGGGCAAUUUGACGUUUUACGAAGCAGAAGUACAAAAAGUGAUAUCCUCAAUAGAAGCAUGGAAGAGCGUAGUACAGACGUCUCUUCCAACAAUACUUGUAAUAUUCAUGGGUGCAUGGAGUGAUCGAACAGGGAAUAGAAAGAUCUGUAUUCUCCUUCCUAUUUGUGGUGAGUUGUGUGUCUGUGUGACAAAUAUUCUGAGCACAUAUUUCUUCCAUGAAAUAUCAGUGGAAGUCACGAUGUUCUUAGAAGCCUUCUUCCCUGCUAUAACUGGGGGAUGGGUGUUAGUCUACCUCGGCGUAUUCAGCUAUAUAAGUGAUGUGACCACUCAAGAAACAAGAACUUUUCGUGUUGGAUUAGUUAAUUUGUGUAUGACUGCUGGUAUUCCUGUUGGCACUGCGUUGAGUGGGAUACUAUUAAGCCUCUGGGGGUAUUACGGAAUAUUUUUAAUUUCAGCUGUCAUUUAUUUGAUCACAAUCACAUAUGGAUGUAUUUAUAUAGAAAAAAACACAAAACCUGGAAACAAAAUCUCUGAAAAGCAGAAACCCUUCAAAUUCGUUGAAGUUUUCUCUUUAGUGAAAGAGACUGUUGCUGUUACUUAUAAGAAAAGGGAACGAAAUCUACGAACCAAAAUUAUUCUUACUCUGUCAGUUGUUGCAAUCAUAUAUGGUCCGAACCAUGGCGAGAGAAUAAUCACGUACAUGUUUGUGAGAUAUCGACUGAAAUGGGAUGCUUUGAAAUUCAGCCUCUACUCCACUUACAGCAUCAUCACACAUUCUCUAGGAGCUUUAUUCUCAAUCAGUAUAUUCAGCAAACGUUGGGGCUACCACGACAGUACUCUGGCGCUUAUAUCAAUCACGAGUAAAUUGAUUGGAUCCGUGUAUAUUGCUUUUGUACGGACCGACUUUGAAAUGUUUAUGGUUCCGAUCGUUGAAAUUCUGAACGCAACAACAUUCACGUCUCUGAGGUCGAUGGCUUCAAAGUUGGUUCGAGACGAAGAAAUGGGUAAGAUGAAUUCCCUGUUCAGUUUGGUAGAGACUCUAGCUGCGUUACUCUUCGAUCCAACAUACUCUACGCUCUACUCCCGAACUAUAUCUAUAUUUACUGGAGCUGUCUACAUCUUCAGUGCCAUUAUGACUAUACCAGCUAUUUCAAUCUUAUUAUGGCUGUUUGUUCAACAUCGAAGUGAAGCGAAACAAAAACGGAUUGAAGAUGGAGAGAAGUAAUACAAUGGAAUAUGAAUGAGUUAAUUGUUGACGAAAGUCCGUGAUACUAUCAGGAAUAAGUGACAAUAUAAUGAGAUGUACACUCAUAGGAAAAAAUAUUGGUUUCAUAUAAAAUUUUUGAAGUAA